AUGGCAAGCUCUAAAAAGAUAUUACCCCAGGAGGGUACCGCUGGUUACUCCAGCGGAGAAUCCCUCCCAGAGGUCACUCUGACCUCUGGCCGGCCCUCGUAUUCUGGGGGGGCCAAAGACUGCCAAUCAACGACCACUGCACGAAUAAUGACCUCGAUAGCAAGCGAUAUGGAUUUGUCGAAAAAGGAAGGGAGAAAAGCGUGGAGAGAGGGAGAGCCAGAGAUUGGCAAAAACCGGACAGAGGAGGACGACACGAGCGAAGUUGAGCUAGUGUCUGUAUCCGAAGCGUCCGGAAUGUCAGGAUUGUCUGAGCCACCCACCGACUCGGACAGCACAAUAGAGGGAAGGCAGGACACGACGGAGGCGAAGAAAGCUGCUCCGACGGUCCCUAGGCUGGCCUUAAAGUUUCCAACGAAGAGGCCCAAGAAGAGGACGCUCAAGGACGAUGAGACGGCGGCUCCGGUCGCUGUCAAAGUGUCCACUGCAGCGAGAGGCCGCCCCAGAAGACCAGGGGCGCAUAAUGCCUACCUGCAGGAGGUGAGAGCACUUCUGGCAGAGGGAGAGGCAGAGGAGAGUAGAGCAGGCAGCUCGAAAGCCCCCCCCCAACCGCCCCCGUGCCUCCCUAGGGAGCAAUCAGAGCCGAGAUGUGCUCAGCCGGCGGCUGCGACGAUCGAGGCCCUUGCCGCGAGAGCCCUCCUGAAUGUGGCCACCAUUCAGGGGGAGGUCAAAAAGAGUGGCAAUAUAAAGGGCACAGUGCUGGGGCACAUUAACCGGGCCACGAAGGAGGUGAUCGAGGCGGUGGAGGAGCUCCGCUCGAUCACCCCCCAAGAAGAACAGCGACGGCUCCGCGCGGAAAACGCCAGAUUAGCAAAGGAAGUUGAGAUCAUCCGCGCGGAGCUGAAGGCAUUUAAAGAGGCGUACUCGGAGUCGCAGAGAAAAGUGGCCGCGACUCCGAGGGAGGCUCCUCAGGCCCAGGCGGGAGUGGAGACAAUGCUCAGGGGCGCGCUUGACGAGAUGAGGCGCGAACUCUUGGAAUCCGUAGGCGGAAUGGUGAACGCCCGCCUCGGAGACCUGGAAUCGCGCCUCCCCCCUGAGCCGGUGGUCAGACCACCCCUCCAGGCGGAUAGGCUCCAUCCGCCACCGCCGCGCCCUGUGGCCCGGCCAAACCUAGUGGCUGGUGCUAUGAGAACUACAGAGGCACAACCGGCCCCGGCCCCAGCGGCCAAAGCCGGACCGGCCCCAAGGCCAAAGAGGAAAAUCAAAAAGACCGGACCGGCUGCCCCUCCCCCCCCUCCACCUACUGGCGGAGAGGGAAGCGCAGGGAAGGCUGCGAAGGCCAGAGCCGGAACCGCCAAUCCCGCCCCCCAAACACCCGGGGGCGACGAAACACCAUGGUCCCAAGUGGUCGGCCGGAAGGCCCGGAAUAAAAAGAAGAAGGCUCCGGCCGGGGCCCCGCCCGCUGCACCAGUUCACCCUGGUAGGGUGCAGCGGGUUCCCCCCCCUCCCAAGACUGUAAAGAUCGUGGCCCCCAAAACGGCGGCCAUAACUGUCACCCUCAAACCGGGGGCCACGAUCACAAACGAAGAAGGACAGGUCUCUGAGGCCAAAUACGUCGAUGUCUUGGCUAAGGCCAAGGCAGCGAUCUGCCUCAGAGACCUAGGCUUGGAGACGGUAAAGGUCAGAACCAGUAUGACCGGCUCCAAGUUAAUGGAGGUAGGGGGGACCACCCCGGAAGAGACGGCCGACCGCCUGGCUGCCGAAUUGGUCAGAGUUAUCGGCGGCUGGGCGGACAUCGCGCGUCCGUCCAAACUUGCAGACCUUCGGGUCUCUGGUUUGGACGAGACGACGACGCGCGAAGAGGUGGCAGCCAAACUGGCGUCAACCGGGGGCUGCCACCCUGAUAUGGUCAAAGUGGGCCUAAUUAGGCCCAGCUUCUGGGGUGGGGGUUCCACCCUGGUGCGGUGUCCGGCAGCGGCGGCGAAGGCCCUCGCACAGAUAGGGAAGGUGGCCAUUGGAUGGUGCAUGGCCACCGUCACCGCGGUGAGGGCCCGGCCGCUGCGGUGUUUUAAAUGCAUGCAGCUGGGCCACACCCGGGCCCUAUGCCCGUCGGAAGCGGAGGAUGGUCGCCUCUGCUUCCGAUGUGGCCAAGAGGGCCACAAGAGGGCUGCGUGCGAGGCGCCUGUCAACUGCGCUGUGUGUAAUAGGACAGGCUGCCCGCACACACAUAUAAUGGGGGGUGCAAAAUGCACCCCCCCCACUGUGAGGGGGAAGGCCCGCACCAAUGGCCCUCCUCCCGCGCCACAAGCGCAACCGCCGCCCAGGCUGCAACCGCAGCCUGAAGAGGAACGCAUGCAGGUGUCAUAA